GUUUUAUUAUCUUUGCGUAUUGCAUACACACAUGGUAUAUGUUAUCGCUGUGCACGGCAUUCUCCGCUACCGACAAUCAUUGCUUGCACAGUGUUCGUAGUGGAGGUAACGCGUUGCUCGCUCUUUCGGUUCAAAAUGGCGGCAGUGGAGGAGAGUGUUGUAAAUUCUCUUGUGCAUCAGCAUUUAUUAUCAACUUGCCCAUCUCUAGCCGCGGUGUAUCAAAAGAAAGCAAAGCCUAGCCCUGUUUCUCCAGGUUGGCCAUCAUUGAAAGAGAUUGUGAAAUUUUAUAACACAAAGUCCUCGAAAAAGAUUGUUUUGAAGAAUGGUGACGUAGAAGAAUCAUCAGACUCGACCUCAGAAGAUAGUGAUGACACUCCUGCGGCCAAAGUUGCAACUGUCAAAACUAAUGUAAAUCAGAAGGCAAAGACUGCUGCUCCAGUAACACCAAAGGCCUCAGUGCAAGCAAAAAAAGAGAGCAGCAGCAGUGAAGACAGCGAUGACAGUGAUGAAGCACCUCUGCCCAAAGUUCCUGCAAAGUCUCCACAGUUGAAAACUCCUGUCGCAAAGGCAAACCAGAAAAAGCAAGCUGUAGCUGAAGAAAGCAGCAGUGACGAUUCAUCGUCUGAAGAUGAACAGCCAAAGACCAAACCUGCAGCUAAAGUGCCAGUGCAGAAUCAAAAGCAGCAGAAAAAUCAACAGAAGCAACCUGCUGUUGCAAAGGCAGUUGUGCAGAAGAAGCCAGCUCAACCUCAGGAAGAUAGCAGUGAAGAAGAGUCAUCGGAGGAAGAGCCGUCAAAGACUGCUGUAGUGAAGCCAAAAGCAAAUGUUCCUCAAAAAGUAGCUGCAAAGCCGCAAGCAAAAGAAGAAUCUAGUUCUGAUUCUGAUGAUAGUUCUGAAGACGAUGUUACGGUAAAACCGAAACCCCAAUUGGCAGCUCAGAAGAAGGGGAUGAAGACACCUGUACAGGCGGGUGCCAAAACUCCUCAGAAGGCAGUAUCUGCAAAGAAACCUGUCACUCCAGCUCAGGAGAGUUCCUCAGAAGAUUCAGAUGAUAGUUCAGAUGAAGAAGCCCCACAGACGAUGAAAACUAAGCUUGUAGCACAGAAAAGUACACCAGUAGUCAAGAAAUCGAAACAAGCAGCAGUGAAACCUGCUGCUGCUGCUGAUGAUGAAAGUUCUGACGACUCUGAUGACAGUUCUGACGAUGAGCCUCCAGCUAAGAAAACUCCUCAGCCACUUCAAAUAGCAAAAAUACCACCUGGGAAGACCUCACAAACACCCAAGCAGGCCAAGGCAGAGGAGAGCUCAGAUGACUCUGACAGUUCAGAUGAAGAUGAACCAGCAAAGGUGCCAGCCAGACCAACAAUGCAGAAAAAUGUUACCAAACCACCACCAAAGAAGGCUGCUGCUGCAGAGGAGUCUUCUGAUGACGACUCUGACAGUUCAGAGGAUAAACCAGCAAAACCAUCACCUGCAGUGAAACAAGCACAAGGGGGUGUCAAGCGACCCCAUCCUGAGGAAGAGGAGGAGGACGAUGAUGAUGACGAUGACGACGAUGAUGAUGAUGAAGAUAAUGAACAACCCAAGAAGAAGCCUGCAAACAACUACAACAAUUUUGUCAAAGGUGAAACCAUGAAUGGUGAAAAGGAUGAAGAUGAAGAUGAGGGCGGGCAGAAAAAAUUCUGGGAAGAUCGUCGUGGUUCGUUUGGUGGACGCGGUGGUGGUGGGAACUUUAGAGGGAACAGAGGUGGUUUUGGUUUCAGAGGAGGUCGUGGAGGUGACAGAGGAGGAAGAGGUGGUAGAGGUGGUUUUGGUGGUGACAGAGGUGGAAGAGGUGGUUGGGGUGGCAGAGGUGGAGGAAAUAGGAAUUCGUUCGGUGGAGGUGGUGGCUUCCGUAAAAGCUGGGGAGAUGGGGAUGGUGAUGGUGACGGCGAGAAAGGAGGUUUCCGCAAGAGUUGGGGUGAUGGUGACAGGAGAGGUGGAUUUAGAGGUGGUCGUGGUGGUGAUAGAGGAGGGAGAGGCAGGGGAGGAUUUGGUGGUGGUAGGGGAGGACAAGGAAAUUUCCAGAAGAGAGACUCAUUUGGAGGUCAGCAGGAGAAUAAGAAAAUUAAAUUUGACAAUGCUGAUGACUGAGAGGAGCAAGAGGUUCAUGGGGUGAACGUGCAUACCAAGAUCUGAAGUUCACGAGAGGAAAAUCAUUUAGACAUGAGAAAACGAAGAAAAAACGUGGUUCAUACCGUGGAGGACAGAUCUCGGUUGCUGUUAACUCUAUAAAGUUUGAGGACUGAUAGUGCAUUGUGUGGAAUGCAAAGUGAUUAUGUUCCUGAUUUCAGGAAUGAAUUUAUUGAAACUUCACUGUGUUACUGUUCUUUAAAAAUUAUUUUAUUAUGAGUGAAACAAGAGCGAGUGUGUGUGCUGUGAAGUUUGUACUGCUUGUGGUGGUUCUUUUGUAUAUAAAUCGUAAAUGGAGAGAAGACUGGUGCAUUAAUACAUUAUUUUAAAACUAUAUUGCUACUGUAAACAGAUUUAGCAUGUUAAUUCAUUGUAAAUGAACCAGAGAGUAUCCUUGCUCUUAAAUGGCACAUAAUAUUUGCUGUUUUGUAAUAACAAAUAACCUUCAUGAAGUGUGUGAUGGUGCUGAUUUUUCAUUGUUUUUUUUAAAAAAUGAAAGACUAUUAUUUAAAUAGUCUCCAGUUUUGUGAAUGAGAGCAGUGAAAAGUUUUUAAAUUAUCAUUAUUCCAUAGAGUACAAAUUAGUUUUGACACCACAAAAUAUUAACCAUUUCUUUGUUUCAUGUCGUACUAUCUGGGCAGUGUAAAUCUCAUUUCCAUUACAGCCUGUAAAACUUGUGGAAAUAUACCUCGUGUUUGUUGA